AUGAGAAUCCUAUGGGGUAUUAAUGCCUUUCUUAUAAAAUUUCACAUUUGGAAAGCCUUCAUCAGCAACGUUCAAGUAGCUUCAACCAGCAUGGGACGCUUGAACGUUCUUGUAAGUCUCCUUUACGUUACUAUUUGCGCACUUGCAGCAAAGCGAAAUGCUAGAGUUUCUAGGGUAGAGCAGAGACUAAUAGAUAUGCUACUAACAAACAUUAGCAAGUAUGCAAGGCCGGUGAUGCGCAACGAUUUGCCAGUUGUUGUUGACUUUCAAGUGCAUCUAGAGAAGCUAGGAGACUUGAAUAUCAAAGACCAAGUUAUGGUAGGCAACUACCGGAUUCUUAUGAGAUGGCACAAUCCACAUCUGGUUUGGAAUAGAACGGAUUACAACGGGACCGGUUACAUAAACCUGCCAAGUAACCUGAUCUGGACCCCUGACAUCAUGCUUCAGAAUACAGCCUCAAAGCAAAGCCAGGCAGCUGCGGAUAUUUAUAAAAAUCAAGUCAUUAUCAAGAACACCGGUAUUGCAAUUUGGAUGUGUUCAGUCGAACUAGAGGCGUCUUGCAGUAUGGAUGUUCGGUGGUUCCCGUUCGACACUCAAGACUGCGAACUUGAGUUUGGAUCAAGAUCAUAUACAAAAGACAAGCUGAUUCUUCGCUUUUUUCGUAAAAUCCCGUCUGAUACGGCUAUCAAGGGGAAAAAGCACUACUCAAGCGGUCAUUGGACCAUGAUAAGAAUGAGGGCAGCAAUAGUUGAAGAAUAUUUCGAAUGCUGCGAUGAACCUUUCACAGUGAUCAAAUACAAGUUCAUAUGGAAGCGGCUUACAAUGUAUUGGCUGUUGUACCUGGUUUUUCCAUGCCUUUUUCUUUCGUUCCUUGCUAUUUUCACGUUUCUCAUACCAGCGGAUACGGGUGAACGUACGGGUUUUGGAAUAACUGCCGUUCUUGCCAUGAGUGUGUACCUCCUGGUUAUUUCGGACAAACUUCCAGAGAAAAGUGACGAAUCUCCUGUUAUAGGGGUUCUCUACACAGUCCUUUUCUUUCUUACAUCGGGGGCAUUGCUAUCAGUCAUAAUGACAACACACCUUGCUUUUAAGACUACUGAGCCCCCUGCUUUUUUGAGAAAGUAUCUACGCUUGAAGAAAAAUAAGGGGGUAAGACCAGCCUCUUGUGAGGAUAAGGUGAAAGAAAAGGCAGCUUCUGACCUCGAUAUAAAAGAUUUUGAAGAUAGGAACAGUGAAGUAAGAACGAUUGCAAGCGAUGCCACUGCGGAGGACGUUUCAGGGUCAAACUUCCAAGAAGAAUGGAAAGAAAUUUCGCAAAAGGUUGACCAGUAUCUUUUCAGGACAUUUCUGGUGCUGACUGUCAUGGCAUUGCUUAUUGUCCUUUUGUCAUAUCACACAUAGAUGCAUAAUCCAAAUGACCCACAAAAGCAGUAAACAGCCUUGAGAUCAGACUAAACAGAGAUUGUUAGAGACGCUAGCGACUGACAAAUUUGGUAUAAACGAAAAAGACAUAUGUGUGAAUAGAUGGGUAAAAGGGCAAUUAAAGCAUGAAUCAAAUUCUCGUAGUUGAACGUAGAUGCAAGUCAGAAGUGUCUUUGACACGUUGUUAAAGAGGGUCACGAUAGGUUAAGCGGUGUGGCAUGGUCAGCCAAUUUUUGCCGAGCGAUUCUUGGCAAUACUCGAGGGGGAAGUACAGUAACUUUCCUAUUAUUUGUAAUAGCAGCCUUUUCACUUCUAUUUCGAUGACAAAAACACCCGAUCUUUAAGGUUGAUUUGAGAACGUAUGUGGAGAUCCUCAAGGCUCCUGCUUUAUGCCCCUUCAAUUCCUAGUUUAUAUAAAUGAUCUAUAGUUUUCUGAUAAAAGGCAGUAAAUAAACAAUGUUUGGGAUUGGGAUUUGGAAGAAAACAGCGGUGGGAUGCGGGAAAUGCCAAAAACGGGCGCUUGAUGGAAGGACGAAGGCAACUUUGCGUGCACCCUUGUUAAAAAGUAUUGGUUUGAUAAUCACCAUUUUUAAAAAGCUCUGAAGCUCUAGCGUUAA